AUGAGGCACUCACUCACACAGCUUUCUGCUGUGCUCACAGUCCUUUCAGCAACAACAAAUGCCCUGCCCACAGAUCAUGAGAAGCAUGGAUCGUGCGCCAAGACCAAGGUUGCCAUUCUCGGAGCCGGUGCUGCUGGUGUCGCAGCUGCUCAGAACCUCACAGCUUCUGGCAUCAAGGAUUUCAUGAUCGUCGAGCACAACGACUACAUCGGCGGCCGUCUAAGGAAGCAGGAGUUCGGCAAGAACGCGCAAGGAAAGCCUUAUAUCAUUGAGCUUGGCGCCAACUGGGUCGAGGGAAUUGGAUCUGAAGAGACCAACGAGAACCCCAUCUGGCUACUUGCUAAGAAGCACAAGCUCAAGUCCACCUACUCCGACUACGACAAGUACAAGACUUUCGAUCACGAGGGCCAGACGGACUGGAGCGACAAGAUCGACGAAUACGAUGCCGCUUACGAGAAGGCUGCUGCUGAAGCUGGCCGUAUCAUAAUCGACAACUUGCAGGAUACUUCUGCUCGUGCCGCUCUCCGCACAGCUGGAUGGCGACCUGAGAAGGACGACAUGCACGCUCAAGCUGCGGACUGGUGGGGUUGGGAUUUCGAAGCGGCCUGGACACCUGAUGAGAGUGGCCUUGUCUACGGUGUUGCUGGUGGCAAUGCUAGCUUUGGCUACUUCAGUGACGUUAGCAACCUCGUUAUCGACCAGCGUGGUUACAACAUCAUCCUCCAGGAAGAAGCCAAUGAGUUCCUUCGCAAGAACGACAAGCGCCUGCGUCUCAGCACCACCGUCGAGGGCAUCAAUUACAACAAGAAGGGUGUGAAGAUCACCAACAAGGAUGGUAGCUGCAUCGAGGCCGACUAUGCCAUCUGCACUUUCUCCGUCGGUGUCCUCCAGAACAACGUUAUCGAUUUCAAGCCGGUUCUUCCCGCAUGGAAGCAGAGCGCUAUUGAUCAGUUCGCCAUGGGCACCUACACCAAAAUUUUCAUGCAGUUCAACGAGUCUUUCUGGGAUGAUGAGACCCAAUUCCUUCUUUACGCUGAUCCUAUCGAGCGUGGUCGAUACCCUCUUUUCCAGUCCCUCAACGCCAAGGGCUUUGCUGAGGGUUCCAACAUCCUUUUCGCCACUGUCACCGGAGAGCAGGCCUGGCGCGUGGAGCGUCAGACUGACGAGGAGACCCAGGAGCAGAUGCUCGAGGUUCUUCAACUCAUGUUCCCCAAGAAGAAGAUUCCCAAGCCUACAGCUUUCACCUACCCCCGCUGGAGCACCGAGUCCUGGGCAUUCGGUUCUUACAGCAACUGGCCUGUUGGCAUGACUCUCGAGAAGCACCAAAACAUGCGCGCCAACGUUGAGCGACUCUGGUUCGCCGGCGAGGCCAACUCUGCCGAGAUGUACGGUUUCGUUCACGGUGCCUGGACUGAGGGACGAUACAUCGGCCACAAGAUCGGCAACAUCAUCAACGGAAAGGCUGGUGAUGACGAUUUCGACAUGACGCGAUAUGAGACUCUUCAUGGAACGACCUUUGAGGAUGAGCAUAACGAGGAUAACGGAUGGUUGUUCCCUUAUAACGUCGAGGAGGGUGGUGUCUAA